AUGGCACUGGCGAAGGUCCAUUGGAGUGUGGAGGACCUGGAAUUGCUCUCGAGGAAGGAGCUUCAGGACCUUGCGAAGCAGUGGGGGAUCAGAGCCAACAAGAAGAACGAGGAGAUCAGAGCAGAGCUCCUCUCCCUCAGCAGCGGAGGAGCCAGCGAGCAACCGAUCGCAACAGAGGACAACUCCGUCAUGACGGGAGAGGAGGAGGACCAGAAGCUGCUGAGCUUGCCCAAAGCUCAUGCGUUAGACGGUAUCGGCUCGUUGACAGUGGACGACACAGUCGAGCUCGCUUGCGUCCGCGCCUCCUUCGGUCCCCGCUGGACCAGCAUUUCUGGAUUUGCUGCCUUCGAGGAGGACAAGGAAACAACGGAGGGACGCGGCAAGAACAGCCGAAAGAUCAUGAUCAUGCGCAGAGGAGGAGAAUCGUUCGUAGCGAAGGCCUUGCGAGCUCAGGUGAUGUAUAGAAGUUACGCAGAGCCUGUAGUACUAACGAACGAGCAGCAGUCGGCGUCGGACGCGCUUCUGAUCUUGAACUCAGACGACCAACUCUUCGCUCCCGGCGACCCGAACAACAUCGGAGGCGACGUCAAGAUUCCUGUGUUUCUUACAUCCAAGGAUAGCGAGCAGUACAUCCAACCGGAUUCUUUCUUGGAAAUCUUCGUAUUCGAUGCAGAGACGCUGGAGGAGGAGAUUAUACAAGAGAAUAAGAUCAAGCCAAAGCGGGAGAAGCCUGAGAAGAAAAUUCGCGAGCUCGUCGAUGCUGAACGAGCGGACGCUAGCGCUGGGUCGGCUGAGCGGCCAACGGCACAGCCAAGGGAGGACACACGUGCCCCGAUUGGCCGAGUGGAGGAGAGGAGAAGACCUGCCCCGAUGGAACCAGGGGAGGAGAGGAGAAGACCUGCCCCGAUGGGACCAGGGGAGGAGAGGAGGAGACCUGCAGCAGGGAGCGACAUGAGAGAGGUGGCUUCCCUUGGACGAGAGAGAGCUCCGAGAGAAGCUCGCUCCUCCUCCCAGAUGCCGAUGGACAAGCCGAGCAGGAGAGACAGAGAGCCCCCGGCAGAGAGGAGGGAGAGGGUGGAAAGGAGACCCGGCAACGCAGACUCCUCGAGACGUCCUCGGCGGGUCGACCGAUCCCAGCUGGAGGGCGUGACCUUGAAGGAUAUGGUGACGUGGCUAGCGACAGACAUCGGGUAUGACGAGAUGUUUCAGAGGACUGGCAUCCGCUGCUUCGGGAACGAUCCCUCCCUGUCCUCGAGCCUCAAGUUCCUCCGGAAGAAAGAGAACGAGUGGGGCAGGAAGAAGAUUGAGGACCUCUACUUGGAGGUCAUGCAGAGCAGAAUGUGA